CCGUUAUGUUCCCAACCCCGGAGGGGUCUGUCUAUAUACUCUUCACUUCCCACUUCACCUUAUCGCUUCAGUCCCUACAAUGGCGAGACAGGGGACGCCAUCCCAUUUACUUCUCCCUCUCUUCCUUAUAAUUCUUCCCCAUUUCCAUAUCCUCCAAGCUUCCUCAAACCCAGACACCCAGCCAUUGUUGUCAUUCAAAGCCACCGCAGACGCUUCUAACAGGCUGUGGGAUUGGAACACCUCCACCGCCGGCGGCGUCUGUCGGUGGACCGGAGUUUCCUGCUUCAAGAACCGCGUUUCCCGUCUCGUCCUCGAAGGUUUCGACCUCCAUGGCUCGUUUCAACAGCUCACUUCCCUGACCCAGCUCCGAAUUCUCAGCCUCAAGAGGAACCGCUUCUCGGGUCCGCUCCCGGACCUUUCCAAUCUCCCCUUGUUGAAGCUCUUGUUCCUUUCUCGCAAUGAGCUCUCCGGCGAGUUUCCCGAGACUCUCACGUCGUUGCUCAAGCUGUACAGGCUUGAUCUGUCGCAUAACAAUUUCUCCGGCGAGAUUCCGGCCAGUGUGAAUAAUUUGACUUCCCUGCUCACUCUCAGGCUCGAGGAAAACGGGUUCUCCGGUCAGAUUCCCGGCAUUGACAUCCCUAACCUACAGGACUUCAAUGUUUCAGGAAAUAGACUGGUCGGGCAAAUACCCGCUUCUCUCUCGGGUCACCCGGAAUCCGCAUUUGCCCACAACUCCCUUUUUCUGUGUGGCUCUCCCUUGCCGAAAUGCAAGGACACCAUCCAGAAAGAUCCAGCCCGACCCGGUGAGGCAAUGGCCGGGUCGCCUUCGCCCGUGAACCCCGGGACGGCGGUAGUCGCCUCCUCCCCAAGCUCAAUGCCGGCUGCAACCGAUAUGCCCAUGAAACCUGGGAAAAGCCGCCAUAGAAGCUCAGCUAGCAAGAUCAGGAAGCUGGUGAUAAUAGUAGCCAUUAUAAUAGGUGACAUCUUACUCAUUGUAUUGGUCUCCGUCUUCGUAUACUGUUACAUUAAUACAAGAAAAAGGAGCUCACAAAUCCUUGAAGGAGAAAAAAUGGUCUACUCAUCAAGUCCAUACCAUGCUAUUUCUUCCCAGUCAGGUGGGGGGUUUGACAGAGGGAAAAUGGUGUUCUUCGACGGGGCAAAGCGGUUCGAGCUGGAGGACUUGCUCAGAGCUUCAGCAGAGAUGCUCGGGAAGGGCGGAUUCGGAACAGCAUACAAGGCGGUGCUAGAUGAUGGCAGUGUGGUGGCUGUGAAGAGAUUGAAGGAAAUGGUUUUUGGGGGAAGGAAGGAAUUUGAGCAACAUAUGGAGGUAUUGGGAAGAUUAAGGCAUACUAAUUUGGUUAACUUGAAGGCUUACUAUUUUGCCAGAGAUGAGAAGCUGCUUGUCUAUGAUUACAUGCCCAAUGGCAGCCUUUUUUGGCUUCUUCAUGGGAACAGGGGACCUGGCAGAACACCUCUAGACUGGACGACAAGGUUGAAGAUAGCAGCGGGGGCUUCACGAGGAAUAGCUUUCAUUCACAAUUCCUGCAAAACCCUCAAGCUCACUCACGGGAACAUCAAAUCUACAAACAUUCUCAUCGACAACGUUGGCAAUGCCAGAGUCUCGGAUUUCGGGCUAGCCGUCUUUGCAUCCCCACCCUCCGCUGCCCCAAGACCCAAUGGCUACCAAGCCCCUGAAGCAUUAGCAUUCGACGGUCGCAAAAUCACCCAGAAAUCUGAUGUCUAUUCCUUCGGGGUGCUCUUACUGGAGCUUCUGACUGGGAAAUGCCCAGCAGUAAACGAAGGUGCCAUCGCUGACUUGCCGAGGUGGGUGCAGUCUGUGGUGAGGGAGGAGUGGACGGCCGAGGUGUUCGACUUGGAGCUGAUGAGGUACAAGGACAUUGAGGAAGAAAUGGUCGGGUUGCUACAGAUUGCCAUGGCCUGUACUUCACCAUCCCCCGAUCAACGGCCCAAGAUAGCUUAUGUGGUGAGAAUGAUCGAUGAAUUGCGUGGGUUCGAGGUUUCCCCUUCCCAAGGUUCUGUCUCAGAUUCCCCUGCCGUCUCAGAAGAUACCAACUGUGGAGCUAGUCACUGAGGAGAACCGUUUAGUGUGAUAGAAAGAUUUUCUUGAUUAUAAUCAUUAUCAUUUAUCAGCCUUGUACAUCAGGCCUUGCUUCAUUUUCAUCUCUUCCUUUUUUUCAUUCUUCCACCUCUAAGUAGUAGGAACAAUAUUUAUAAAGAAAGUCCCACUCAAAAUUUAGUCUC